AUGGCCGAAGGUGUGCUCUUCGGUAUUGCAGAUGGAGUGAAAAAUAAAAUUGUUUCCCUAGUCCUUGACGAAUUUGCUCUAUGGUGGGGAUUCAAAAAAGAGCUAGGCAAGCUCGACGGCACAGUUCAAACAAUUAAGGAUGUGCUCAUUGAUGCUGAAAAGCGGGCUCGGAUCGAACAAACUGUUCAACUCAAAAACUGGAUCGGGAGGCUGCGAGAAGCAGUACUUGAUGCCGAAGAUUUGCUUGACGAUUUUUCCACAGAAGUUCAGCGGAAAAGGUUGGUGCCUAGAUCACUAAGGGAGACACUAGAUAAGAUUAAGAAGGAUAGCGAAGAAUAUAAUUUCGUGGAUCAAAAGAGGGAGAAUGUUCCUUUAACCACGAGAACAAUGAAUUAUGAGAUAAGGUUGCUGAAGACGGACAGGAUUAAAGGACAUGAUAGGAACUGGUGA